AUGCCGUCGAUACUCAACGAGGACGACAAGGACACCGUUAAGCGGUUCGUCCCCAAACAGUCUAACAAGAUCCAUGCGGUUGGAGUCGCUAGACUCUACGUCGCAUAUCCAAACCGAUCAAAAUGGACCUACUCGGGCAUGCAAGGCGCCAUCGUGCUGGCCAAUGACCUGGUUGGCAACACCUACUGGCUUAAGAUGGUGGACAUUUCCCCCACCAACCGAGGCGUCAUUUGGGAUCAAGAAAUCUACGACACAUGGCACUACAACCAGGAUCGUACCUUUUUCCACACUUUUGAACUCGAAGACUGCCUAGCCGGAUUAAGCUUUGUUGACGAAAAGGAGGCCAAGCAGUUCAAAAAGAAGAUGGAUGAGCGAGAAAAGAACGCAAGCCGAGCUACGAAAUCAACACCCUUUGGAGGAGGUUCGCAACCUGUCCACAAGCACAGCUUGCUGGGAAGCUUUUUUGGUCAUCGCCACUCGUCUGCUCCGUCGCCAACAGAAUCAACGAGGCCCAGUCUAUUGCCCCAUCCGUUUCACCACUCGCCUUCGUCCUCGCAAAAUAUGAAUGGGGGCAUUGAACCCUCGCAGUUUGCCUUGCUGGAUGCCUUUGAUCCGUUGUGGAGGGAGCAUUUUGGACAGGACCUUACUGAUAAAGGUCUUACUGACGACUUUAUUAAGGAUAACCAAGAGUUUAUUGUCGAUUUCUUGCGACAGGAGCAAGCCAAGUUGAACAAUCCUUCACCCACGCCGCCGCCGCCGCCGCCUUCUGCGCCUACGAAUGGAGGAGAUUCAAAGGGUGCUAGGGCACCACCACCACCUCCCCCUCCAGGUGGUGCCUCGUCAUCAGCGUCGUCUACCAAACGCGGAGCUCCUCCGCCUCCACCGGCCCCGAGACGAUCUGCUAAAGCUGAUGGACCAGCAAGAGAGGCAAGCCCUCCUCCAGCUCCGCCGUCUCCUCCACGUCCCAAGUUCAACGCUCCUCCGCCGUUGCCAGAUGCAGGAAAAUUCGCCAAUGUCGAGCAGGCGAGGCGGAAGACGGUCUCAUCAUCAACAGCAUCAGUACCGGGACCUCCCCCACCUCCUCGCCCGGCCAAGACACCUAUUGAACCCGAGAAUUCUAGCCACAGGUUCUCCGUUCCUCCCGCCUUUACCGGCCAACGCCUUCCUCCCCCGACUCCCAGUCGCGGACCGGUGCCGCCCCCGCCUCCGCCUCGAGCAAACGACUCUCACUCAGCACCUCCUGCACCUCCGCCGUUGCCUCCCAAGGUACCACCAGCUAGCAGUGCUCCUCCGCCUCUCCCACCAUCGAGUUCAAGACCUAUGCCUCCUCCUCCCGCUGCUGCUAGUAUUCCUCCUCCUCCUCCACCACUGCCAGCGUCAAACGCUCCUCCUCCUCCACCAUUGCCAGCGUCAAACGCUCCUCCACCUCCCCCCUUGCCUUCGUCAAACGCUCCUCCACCUCCGCCGCUGCCUUCAUCAAGCGCCCCUCCGCCUCCCCCAUUACCAUCAUCAAAUGCUCCUCCUCCCCCGCCGCCCAUGCCGUCCAGCGGUUCGGCAGCUCCUCCCCCUCCUCCACUGCCACCGCCUAUGCCAUCUUCAAGCGGAGCACCUCCUCCGCCUCCCCCACCACCAAACCGCGACUCAGGCUACUCUUCUGGCAUCCCAGCCGGCCCUUCAGCAGGAGCUGAUAAGGGUCGAGCCGCCAUGCUGGGCGAUAUCCAAAAAGCGGGUGGUAUUGGGUCCUUGAAGAAAGUUGACAGAACUCAAAUCCGAGACCGAUCCGCCGCACAGGUCGGCGCAGGUGGGGAUUCAGGAGGUGCUGGUCCACCAGCUGGUGCAGUUGCUGCUGCUGGCGGCGGCGGCGGUAUGGCGGAUGCUUUAGCUGCUGCGUUGAAAAAGAGAAAGGAUAAAGUUUCCAAGAGUGACGAUGAAGGUGAUGAUGAUGACUGGGAUUAA